CGUAAUAUCAGAAAUUCUGUAUUCACGCAAUCUGGCAAGUGGCAAUAGGCAUCAGCAUUCAGCAGUCAGCUAACCACUAGUGGCGACUGUCUAGUGACUAAAGUGUCACCUUAUUGUUUUCUAUUGUUAAGACUUAAGAUUAUCCCCCGUGAAGUAUUAUAUCAUUAUUGGUAGUUGUUAUGCUGGAAAUAUUACAGGGUAAAAAACGAAAAUAGACUAUAGGAAGUUGAUGGUAAGAAGUAUCCACGAGUUAGUAUUGUUCACCUACGACUGGCCUAGGUGCUCGAGUAUUACAGCUUUGACUUAAGUAUUAUGUUAUCUAAUACACUAGUUGCGUUAUACAAGUGUAAAUAAAAAAAUUAUACGAAAUCUGCAGUAUGCUAUCAUUUUAAUUUCUGUUUUCGUCUCCAACUGUUUAUAUCUUGUUAAAUAUUUUGUAACCCAUUAAUUUAUCUUAACCAUGAGUAUGAAACAUUUAACAAACAAAACCCCGAGAAUUCUUCAAGAGCUUAUGACCCAACAGGAUAAUUCGAAAUGUUUUGAGUGCGGUUCUCAUAAUCCACAAUGGGCUUCUGUCUCAUAUGGUAUAUGGAUUUGUUUAAUGUGUUCAGGAAAACACAGAGGUCUUGGAGUUCAUCUGUCAUUUGUCAGAUCCAUUACCAUGGAUUCUUGGAAGGAUUUAGAGUUGGAAAAAAUGAAAGUUGGGGGAAAUAGAAAUGCUAAAGAAUUUUUCAAAUCUCAACCAGACUGGAGUGAUUCAAUGACUAUUGAACAAAAAUAUAAUACUAAAGCUGCAGCAUUAUAUAGAGAUAAGAUAUUAAAUUUAGCUAAAGGGGAACAAUGGAGCCCUACUACGUCAUCAGCUAAAGAUUAUAAUGUAGAUCAUAUGAAAAUGUCGGGUGGUAACCAAUCACAAAAGUAUAAUUUUAAUGAAUCAUCAACUAAUUAUAAUGAAUUGAGCUCUGGCUAUCAAAAUGAUGUUGGCAGUCCAAAUAUCAAAGAUGAGAAAGAAGCUUUUUUUGCUAGAAAGCAAUAUGAAAACAUGACAAAACCUAGCAAUGUCCCUCCAAAUCAAGGUGGGCGUUAUUCUGGAUUUGGUAAUACAGUUGAACAACCUCCAAGAAGUCAAUCUCAAGAUCUUCUUGACUCUGCAGUGUCAUCAUUUUCUAGUGGAUGGUCUUUAUUUUCCUCAUCUGCAUCAAAACUAGCCUCUCAAGCCACACAAAGUGCCAUUAAAAUAGGUGGACUAGCAACUCAAAAGGUAACGGAUAUAACCACUGACAUAAGCUCAAAGAUAAAAGAAGGUACAUUAAUUGACGACGUAUCCACUCAAUUUUCUUCUAUGUCAACAAAGGUAAACGAUUUAGGCCGUAAAGAAUGGCAAAAUAUUACUGGCAGUAAUAUUCCUACACCGCCAAAAUCACAUUCAACUAAUUUUGUAGCGCAUUCCACUGAGAACUCUUCUUUAAUUUCUGAUGGUUCAUCUGGAAAUCAAAAAAACGUUCAGCGUAAAAACAGCUGGACAUCUUGGGAUGUUAAUAAUACUCAUGCAUCGUCCUCUGAUCAAACAACUGAAAAAUAUCAACCAAUUCAAGAUGAUUGGAAUAACAAAUGGGAUAAUAACUGGUAGAUCUGUAUCAAAAUUCUAAUUAAGUUUUUAUAUUUAAACAAUUUAAAGAUAUAAAUAUUUAUAAAUGUUAUUUUUAAUUCUAAACAAACAAUUAAAUUGUCUUUAUUUUUUUUUUUUUAAUUAUAUGUCAUCUAGGAAAUUAUAUAAUACCUAUGUAUGGUUUAUAUUACUUAAUUUGUGCUGGUUGUACUUGUACAUCAUUUUAAUAAAUUCAUCGAAACCAAUAUAUAUAUAGGUCACACAUUCAUGUUUAAGAGACUGUUAAAUGUUUGAGGAUCCAUAAAUUAUAAUUAAUGUUAAUGCAACCCAUUAUUAAUGUAUAAAAUUCAAUGUUAUGAAUUUUAUUAAUAUGUUAUUGAUUAUUAUUGUAGUUAAAAAAUUAAAACUAAAUAAAUUUAAUAUUACAUAUUAAUGUUACGCUAUCAUAAAUAAACUAUUUCUUCAUUUUUAA